CAUUUUUAAAAGACCACCCAGAAGAGCAAGCAAAUAGUAAACAUACAAUUUAUGUAUAUACAGAUUACCGACGUCCAAAAUCAACGUGUCCCUUAUCAGAGAGAAGCGCAUGGCUCUACUGUAAAGAUGGAGGUUCCUUCAUACCUGUCCAGGCUCUUGUCUGAGCUGAAUGAGCAGCGAAAGAGGGACUUCUUCUGUGACUGCAGCAUUAUAGUUGAGGGACGCGUUUUCAAGGCACACCGUAAUAUUCUUUUCGCCAGCAGUGGUUAUUUUCGGGUCCUCCUGGUACAUUACUUGCAGGAUAAUGGCCAACGACACAGCACAGCGUCCCUGGACAUAGUCACAGCCGAGGCAUUUUCAUUCAUCCUGGACUUUCUGUAUUCCGGUCGGCUCGCCCUGCGCAGCGACAAUGUCAUUGAAAUAAUGUCAGCUGCAAGCUACCUGCAAAUGACUGAUGUGGUGAACUUUUGUAAGGGCUACAUAAAAUCAUCCCUGGAGAUCUGUAACAGGGAAGGGCAGAGAGAGAGACUAAAGGAGAAGGAGGGGUUGGAUGACAGAGGAACCCCUGUUUCUGUCACUAGCGCCCCUGUGGCUACCACUUCUGAAGGAGAUCAAAGGGCAGCUCAGGUGACCGAGGCCCUUAGCCCUGAUGACGCUCCAAUGGCUGUGGUCUCCACACCACCUGCAACGAGUAGCAAAGACUCAGAGAGCGAAAGCUCACAAGGAGGAUUUCCUAACCCUCCUCCCAUGAAUGCUCCAAUAAAGAGCAGUCCAGGACCAGAUUUGGUCAACUCAUCCACCCCAGGUCUGCUUUUGGGGUCGGUGCACCCCAAAAUUGAGUAUGACCCUGAUGAAGAGGGUGAGUCUUCACGGGAAUCCAAAGACACUGCUCUUUAUCAGGGCCCACAUCACAAUGGGGAAAGAGGUGUCAACACUAGUCCAGCUCCAAGCUCUGAACAUCCCUCCAUAUCAUUUCCAAUGAAACAGUUUCCAGAUGUGCUCUUAAGAGGUGGAAGCAACUAUAAUCGUGAUGAACACUUAUCCCAGAGCUUGGGGUAUGGUGUUGGAUUUGGCCGUAUGGAUGAAUCACUUGGCCAUGGGGGUCCCUGUGGUAUGGAGAUUCAAAUUGACUGGUAUGGGGAUGAUCCAGGGAGACUGCACAAAUGUCCGUUCUGCCCAUAUACGGCCAAACAGAAGGGUAUUUUGAAGAGGCACAUUCGUUGUCACACAGGAGAAAGGCCCUAUCCUUGUGAGGUCUGCGGCAAACGGUUCACACGUCAAGAACAUCUUCGCACUCAUGCUAUUUCUGUCCAUCGCUCCACAUGGCCCAUAGUCUGCAAAGGCUGUCGGCAAGUGUUCUCAGGCAUUGUAUCCCAGGGAAUGAAGCGAUAUGGACUUUGUGAUGGCUGCACCUUUGUGACCACAACAAAUGACAACCCCUCCUCCUUGAACCUUAGCAUCCAAUCAGAGGCUAUGGAGAGGGCCAACAGAGACUCUGACUGGCCCGUGUUCAUGGUGGAAGGGGAUGAAGCAGAGCCCAUUGCUAGUGUUGCUGAUCAGGAUGAUACCCAGGAUGAUAAGCAAAUUGUUGCAAGGCAGCUUGCAGAGAAUGGCCCACUGUUCUAGAUUGAUUUACACCUUUGCACUUGUUCUGAAUGCUUACCAAAUGAUUUUUAAAAGAAAGGUCUUCGGUAAGUGGUAAAACACAAGUUUACCAAGUGUUCUCCAUUUUAAACUUCAUUUAGCAAUUUUCUAGAUUUUAUAUGGGGUUAGAAAAGAAGGUUAAUCACUUAAUUGCCUUCUCACUUGGGCAUUUGGUAUUGGUUUAGUGUAAAUCUGCAGUGGUUAAUUAUGAAAUUACAGAUUCAGCUGUAUGACAAUGAGGGCCCAACAGACUACUGAAUGUGCCAUAGCAGUUGUGGGAAUGAAUAUUGUUAUGCUUUUGAAAAGCACAGUAUCUUAUGUGAUCUGCCUUUAACACUUUUCAGGGACCAAGUCAGUGGUCUUGUAAUUUGUUUGAUUGAUUAACAGUAUAGUUGUGAGAAUUAUUAUUGUCCAAGAAGUAUGUUGUUUUGUUAUCACAAACUGAAAUACACAAUUAUGUUGGGAAAAAACAUAUGUUUAUUUAUGCAAUUGUGUUUAUGUAACUGUUAUGUGUAUCCUAUAUAUUCAUUACCAUAGCUGUUUGCAAAGAAUUGAUGGAAGUCAUAUUGCUUUUUUAUUCCAUUUGUCUUCCGUUGAGAAGCAA